AUUGCCAAAAAUUAGUUUAAUAUUAAGAUUUUGGAUAUUUUUAUUUAAUAUGACAAAUAGAUUUGUUUUGAAUAAACAUGAAGCGAAUAAACUCGCAAGAGCUAUUGAACGCAGAAAAAUCCGUCUAACUCCUACCUUCUCUUUACCAGACAACCUAAGGCCAUAUGGCAAAGUCGAUAAGAAUAAAAUUAGUAUUGUGUUCUAUGCCACCCCAGAUCGUCUCGUGGUAUUGGCUGCGAUGGCUGUGGACAAGAUAUCUUUACCAUCCGUUCAGAAAUGGACAUAUGAUGAUGUUAUGAGGUGGAUCAUAUAUUUGGGUUUCGAUCACUAUAAGCCUGCAUUUCGUCGGAACUUUAUUGACGGUCGACGUUUAUUAUUUGUGGAUUCCAAUGCUUUAGUUAAAAUGAAUAUUAAAGACUUUGAUGACAUCAGAGUAAUAACCAGUGCCAUACGUAAAUUGCAUUGCUUUGAAAAUAUCAAAUAUAGGUAUAGGAGUUUACCACCGUAUAAGAACUACGAAUAUUAUAGAUUAAAUUCACUAAGAACUGGCAGCAGUUAUGAAGGCAUAAAGCCUAGCGUCUUUUUCUGGAAGUAUUAUUUCUUGCAUGAAAUACCGAAAACCAUGACUCACUGGGAUCGAUUAACACAUUGGGUACUAAGAAGACCACCCGUCGAGGAAAAAACUGUUAUACCGGGACUGCCACGUUUCAAAUUAUAUAAGUGCAAGCAGCCAGUAGUACCGCCGGUAAUAGAGGAAAAAAUUAUAUGUACGUGUACACCGCCUUGUACGUGUAAUUGGCCGCCCGAGACAUUGGCCUCACCAAGAGUUCUGUCCUGUUUGGAGGAUCAUAAAGAACAAGACGACUUUUUAAAACUACCGUAUAAAUUGAACACUACAUUUCCAAAGAGAAAUAAGAUGAAAUAUAUUGAGGAACAUAUUGCAUCGCUUGCCUUUUCUCCAUCUACUAAUAGUCGAAUUAAUAUAAAGCCAGGCAAAAGGCAGUUCCAGUCCAUACCAGAAUUCAAAAGGGUUAAUAAAAAACAUAAUGAAAAUUUCGAAUUCGUUAGAGAUAGUUUAGAGAUUGCUGGAAAGAAGAGAAAAGUGAAUAUUAAUAUUGAACGCGACAGCAUUGAAUAUCCUGAAUCCUCCUCUAGUGAACCGUCUAAUUUACUAACUGUUCAAGAAGUCGCCAUUUCACCAGUAUCGAACGAAAGGCUUAAGUUGGCGAGAGACAGUUUUACUAUUUCAACCACAAGAAUGUUGAAACAGAAAUCUAAACGCUAAACUAACAUACAAAAUUAAAACAUUAAUUAAAUACUAAUUAAUUAAAAAUUAAUGAAUUGCUUUUAAAAUUGCUAAUUAUAUAAAGGUAGUCUAAAAUUGAAUAUUUGUCUAAUUUAUUUUAUACAU